AUGGCAGCAGAGAAGGAGGUGAAGCCCCAUGAAGGACAUAAGCCUUUGGUAAUGGAUAAUGAAUCAAAAGAAGAAGAACCAAAGGAAAUGGUGAAGCCUCCAGUACGAUCAUUUUGGAGGAGAAAGUGGACAACCUUAGACAAACGUGUUGCUUAUAUCAUUUCAUUUGUGCAUCUGCUUUGUAUUUUUGCACCAUUUCAAUUCAAUUGGUCAGCAUUUCGAGUCGCAGUUGCAUUAAAAGUCAUCACAGGUCUCUUUGGAAUGACUAUAUCCUAUCAUAGAAAUCUUGCUCACAAAAGUUUUCAACUUCCAAAAUGGCUCGAAUAUUUAUUUGCUUAUUGUGGGGUUCAUGCUCUUCAGGGUGAUCCAAUCGACUGGGUGAGUACGCAUCGAUGCCACCAUCAAUUCGUUGAUACGGAAAAAGACCCGCAUAGCCCCAUUAAUGGAUUUUGGAUUAGUCACAUGAUGUGGCUUUUUGAUUCCUACACUUUAACCAACAAAGUUUGUCCAAAGUAUUCUAGUGAUCUUAAAAAGAUAGAGAGAAACAUGUUUGUGAUUUUUACAAAGCAUGGGAAACCCGACAACGUUGGUGAUUUGGAGAAACAAAGGUUUUAUAGAUUUAUUCACAAAACAUAUAUGCUUCAUCAUCUUACUCUUGCAAUCAUACUCUAUAACGUUGGAGGACUUCCUUUUUUUAUAUGGGGAAUGUGUGUGAGAAUCGUAGUAGUUUUCCAUUCUACAUUUAUGGUGAAUUCAGUAUGCCAUAUAUGGGGAAAGCAACCAUGGAGAACUGGAGAUUUGUCAAGAAACAAUUGGUUGGUGGGUUUGACUUCAUUUGGAGAAGGAUGGCACAAUAACCACCAUGCCUUUAGUUAUUCAGCUAGGCUUGGGCUUGAAUGGUGGCAACUUGAUGCUGGGUGGUAUGUUAUCAAGUUCUUACAAGUCAUUGGAUUGGCCACUAAUGUAAAAUUACCCUCUCCAUCCCACAUGCAAAACCUAGCUGUGGAUCAUAAACCAAAGGAAAAACUUUUCUAAAUUGAUAUUCGUCAUUCAAGAUAGUCUUAUAUGCUUCUACAAAAUUGUUUUGGAAUGCGGAGAAGAUCAAAUGAUGUCUGUAAUCUUCCAUGGUUAUUUGAAGGAUGCUUGAUCUUACGUUGCCAGCUGAUGUUAUGGUUGGAUUGUCUAAGUUGUUUGAACUAUUAGGACAUUUGGUUAAGAAAAACUAUGGAAAGUGUUUAGUUUUUGUUGGAGUAAUAAAAUUAGCGUUAUUUUUCUACUUUUGAAAUACCAUAAUUGAUUAACACUAAUGAUUUGUGAAUA